CUUGAAAUUCCAUUCUGCGCAUGCCCAAUGAAUAGGCGGCAGCCUGACAGGCUAAACUCAGGGUAAAAAAAAUCCACACCAUUUUCUGUGACAGCAUCCCGAACUGAAAACACUACGACUGCCCCACAAAACCCUGUAAGCUUCUCGUGUAAGCCAGGGGGCCUCAUCAAAUCUUUUUAUUGCCGUUAUGAGGAUUUUUAGAAGAGGCAACAUUGCAGCUGUCUUUGUGCUGGGAGCUACUUUUUUGGUCAUUUACUUCUGUCAGAACAGUGCUGACCUUACAAACUACAAUUUCUCCAGCCGCCCACUGACAGAUGUCUUUAAUAAUGACAUUCAAUCAGAAACUGUCAUCAAAUUACACACACAUGAAUUUUUAGUUCCAAAAUGUGAAGCAAACAUGUCGGUAGCUGACAUGAAAGACUUCAGCUCUCUUCCUGAUACCAUCAAAAAUUUCUUGUACUACCGCCAUUGCCGUACGUUUCCCCUGCUGCUAGACCUGCCAGGCAAGUGUUCCAAAGAGGUCUUCCUUCUGCUUGUCAUCAAAAGCUCUCCUUUGAAUUACGACCGUCGGGAAGUGCUACGUAAAACCUGGGCCAAAGAGAGGCUCCACAACGGUGCGUGGAUUCGACGGAUAUUCAUCUUAGGAACAUCGGAUUCUGGUUACGAGAAGAAAAAGCUAAACAAAUUACUGAAAGCGGAACAAGAGGGCUUCAAUGACAUCCUCCAGUGGGAUUUUAAUGACACGUUUCACAACCUCACACUGAAACAGAUGCUCUUCUAUGGGUGGAUGGAGAGAAACUGUCCAAAUGCUCGCUUCCUGUUUAACGGCGACGACGAUGUGUUUGCCCACACUGACAACAUGAUGAAAUAUCUCCAAAACCUCCCUGACAAUGAUGGAAGCAAGCACCUUUUCACUGGCUACUUGUUUCUGGACGAAAAGGUCGUCAGGUGGAAGGGAAGCAAAUAUUUCAUCCCAGUCCAGAUACAGGAGUCAAACACAUACCUACCUUACUGUGGAGGAGGGGGAUACCUUCUGUCCGGCUACACGGCUUUGGUGAUAUACAGGAUGUCGCAGUCCAUACCCAUCCACCCCAUCGAUGAUGCUUACAUGGGGAUUUGUCUGUCCAAAGCAGGACUUUCACCUUCUUCUCACAUCGGUGUGAAAACAUUAGGGCUGAAUAUACCAUCUAAAGGAGCAGACAAUCUUGAACCUUGCUAUUUGAGAGAUCUUCUAUUGGUACACAGAUUUCUACCAGCUGAUAUGUAUCUGAUGUGGAAAGAAGUUCAUAAUCCACAUUUGAAAUGUAAACCCUGAAAGAAAGACAAAUAAGGAUUCCAGUCUGUUGGAUACAUGGACCGUAGCUUAACGAUGCCAAAAAAAAAAGAAAAAAAAAAGCUGGAUAUGUUUUUCUUUUAAGCAUUUGGGCUCUUUUCAUAAGCUUGAAGGUUAUUUUAAAAAGGUUAUUUGAAUCAUUCAGAGGAGAAUUUAUUGAACUCAAAUUUUAAUUUAUUGUAUAUGACUGUGUGUGCUUACAGGUUUAUAAGAAAGUAAAUGUCUGUUUUAAUGACUCAAGCUGAAGAAAGAAGACAGAAGACCAGGAAAGGGAAUGCUAGACAUGACUUGUCUAAAUAUUUACAUGUUUUUUUCUUUUCUAUUUCAUUGUCAUGUUCAAACCUGAAAAUAUGGCUGAUUUUACCGUCAGUCAUAAUGUGAAACUGGUACAAGCUUUUGUAAACAUGCAUAUAAAUGAGAAUAAAUGAGAAUAAGUUUGCACAAACGGGCAGUGUAGCUAAUCCACAAGUGGUUUGUUGAAGGGUGUUACUUCAUAAUUACAUGUGAAGUACAAGGAAAAGAAGCCAUGCUGAGGGUAAAGUGCCUCUAAUCUAUAGGUUAACUUGCUGUUGUGUAGGGUUUGUUGUUAUUAUAGGGAGGUAGUGAAGUAGGAAAUUUCAUCAUCUUCAACUAUGUUUUACAUGUUGGGCCUUGAAGCGCUCACCAGUCGGAGGAGAUUUUACAAAGAUUUUACAAAUGAGGCACCCAGAAAUAUUUUAAUGCCAAAACUGGUCAUAAAAUGUAGCAGAAACUUGGUGGAAGAGCCAAGGUAAAGUGCACUUGCUUUGCAGUCAGAAUAUUAAUUGUUUUAAGGAUUAGUGGGCUUUGACAGAACCGGUUCAGAACAGGUCAGUUGGAGAUAGAGUUGAGCGUUUAUAGAACUCGUUUUUGCUAUUUGGUGUUGACACUUUACAGGUGAAAAGAUGCUUAGCUUGUUGCAGCAUUUCUGUAGAUCGAAUUCAAAACCCAUAAAAAAUAACUAGUAAAGCUCUGAUUUAUUAACUUAUUGGAAAACAGGGUGAUAUUGAUCAGUUUUUCUAAUUUAUCAGAAUAUGCCUCUCAUGAGACCAGCUCCUAUAUGUUAACUUGUGACUAGGGAGCUACUUUGUUGCUUCACAUAUAAUUUACUUGUUCAUGAGGAGAUGUUACAUGUAGAAGUUACAACCAGGUCGUUUUUCAUUACUGCAAUACCUACAUUUUUAUUUUAUAUUUUAUAAAACUAUCAGUUAAUUCAGUGUUGUACAAAAAUAAAUGUGUUUCUCAACCCAAGUGGAUUUGGAAGAGUAAUUUGGAAGAUAUAAUCUUUGGUUUGAAUGUUGAAACAUCUCUUAUCUAGAAGCUGCUUUACAAAUUUUUAUUUCGGAAAUAACUUGGUAAUGAGAUUUAAGGCUUUAAAGACAAGUGUUUUAAGUUUAAAUUAGGUUUCAAAUAAACAUAGGAAUCAUGUUUAACCAAGCUUGGAAAAGCACAAACAUUUCCUUCUUAUGGUUCAAAAUCCUUUUGGAAGAAUAAAAAGCAUGCUGUAGCUGACUGGACUGAGGAAUGAAAUCAAUGUAAACAACUAUUUUGAAACUCCUAAUGGCUGAUGUCACAGUUGUUUUUGUGAGGGGUUGUUGAAAGAAAUUCUCUUUAUUGGCAAAGAAAUUCUCUUUAUUGGCAAAACAAGACGUCACUGAAACCGGCUGCACCUGCAAGUUCAGGGAGUUUCUAUGGGGAGGAGACCUAAUUCCUAAUUCAUAAGGAGAAGUAAAGUACAUUAUCAUGAAAAUAGUGGUACAAAGAGACAGAUUACUGUACUGUCAGCCAAACCUUUGACUCCCAGAACGUUGGAGGGAAGCCCCAAAUUACAACUGGUGAUGUAGUUAAGCUUAAGGCAGAGUUUUCAGAUGGAUUAAGCAAAUUUGACUUAGAAGUUCCUCUUGUGUUCAUGUGUGUGUUUAAGAAAUACUUCUAAAUUAGGUCUCAUUCCUUAGGUUUUCACAAUUUUCCCUUUCUUUGUGACCAUCAGGAAGGGUACAAGAGUUAAGAGGAUGUUGUACCUCCUCUUUUCUUCACAAAAAGUUUUGUUUUGAACUUUGACUCAUAAGCUUUAACUGGUAUUUGGUUGCAUAAAGCUGUUGUGGAACAUAUUGGCGAUUAUGAUAUAACCGUAGUCUGAAGUAUAAGAAGAUUACCGAAGGGUGUAAGUGGCUUUUGUUAGAUGGUGGUUUCAAGGCAGAAAAUGCAAAGCUAUUUGACAGUAAGAAGCGAUAAAGAAGGAACCACUUUUAGCCAUAAGAAGAUAGUGGGAGCUAAAGGAGAGGUCAUACCAGAAGAGGGGGCUCUGUCCAGGCUGAGAGAGGCGAUAGUACUCCUUAUCAAAGGGAAGAACCUUCGUC